UGUAUGUUUUAUGAAAUAUAAAUAAAUUUAAAAACUAAUAAGCAAUUUUACGAUAGCGUCUCAAUAUAUUGCUUUGUUGUUUCCACAUUACCUGGUCUGCUUCCCUCUCUUCACUGUAAUCUUGUUUCAAGCAGGGGUUUUAUUUUGAAAUUGGGGACCGGAAGUUGUAUAAAUCUUUUUUCCUUUUUAUUGACACUUUGACUGAUUUUUCUUUAAAUAUAUAUAUGGGCGCUUCAUACAGGUGUGCCUGGACAUUUAUUGUUGUUGUGAUGAUUAUUUGGGGUUAGGCGGGGAUCGUGCGUGUACUGCGUGGAUGUUUGUCUGCUUGGCGUCACGGGGAAAGGAGCGCGCACAGCAGCGCAGCGGCGGCUUCGCUCUGCACUGAAAAACCGUGCAACUGGGGCAUGCGUUGACUUUACACAGCGGACCAACAAGCUGGUGGAGACCGUGCCGGAUUCACGGGAAUACCGCGACGUGUCGAUUUUCUGUAAUAAACACCGGAUUACUGGAGUGAAAAUGCAGCCUGUACCUGACAGAUGUGUGGCACCACAGCUGCAGCCUACAGAUCUGCUGUGGUUGGCUGUGGAGGACUGAGAUUGCUAAAGCUGCAAAUCACAUCAUCAGCAUCAUCAGCAUCAACAUCUGCCACUUCAAACGCGACAAGACACAGGAGGACGGAGGCUGCUUUUUGGAUGAUCAAAGACAGAGAAGUCAGAAAGUACCUGUAGACGAUGACUCCAGCGGAGCUGUUUGCUUGAAAGCAGCAUGAGAUAACUGGGGGCUGCCACGCUAAUCGCUGAUUCAAGCUUUUUUCCGUUUGGCAAUGAUGAAAAAACCCCUCUUUGUCAGCUGACUGACAGGGUCGCAGUGGUGCUCUAGCACAGGACGUAGCCAGCAGCCGAGGCGCAGACACCACAGAGGAGAUGGCUCGUCCGGGAUCCGGGUUGCUGGUGUCCGUAAAUGGGCUGGGGUACCCCCCUCAGAACCUCGCCAGGGUGGUGGUCUGGGAAUGGCUGAACGAACAUGGACGCUGGAGGCCCUACACCGCAGCAGUUUGCCACCAUAUAGAAAACGUGCUGAAGGGGGAUGCCCGGGGAAGUGUAGUUCUAGGGCAGGUGGAUGCUCAGCUCUCUCCUUACAUCAUCGACCUGCAGUCCAUGCACCAGUUUCGACAAGACACAGGCACCAUGAGACCAGUGCAGAGGAACUUCUAUGACCCGUCAUCUGCCCCAGGGAAAGGUGUGGUGUGGGAGUGGGAGAACGAUAAUGGCUCGUGGACGCCGUACGACAUGGAGAUCUGCGUGACCAUCCAGAACGCCUACGAGAAGCAGCAUCCCUGGCUGGACCUGACCUCUCUGGGCUUCUGCUACCUCAUCGACUUCAACAGCAUGUCUCAGACCAACAGGCAGAGCCAGAGAAAGAGACGCCUGCGGAGACGCAUGGACCUGGCCUACCCGCUCAUCAUGGGCUCCAUCCCCAAGUCCCAGUCCUGGCCUGUGGGCGCCAGCUCCGGCCAGCCCUGCUCCUGCCAGCAGUGCAUCCUGGUUAACAGUACAAGAGCUGCCUCUAAUGCCAUCCUGGCCUCCCAGAGACGUAAACUCCACGGGGGGACGGCGGGCAACGCAGGCGCCGCAGGGACCCAUACCGUAGUGCGGCAGAGCAACACCUUCGCCGGGACUUCGUUUUGGUCUCCAACAUCCAGCUCCACCGGCACAAACAACAAUAACAUUAGCCUGGGAGGUGGACAAGCUAAAGCUGAACAGGUGCAGUUGCCACUGUCCGCUGCCAACUUCCCCUGUUCCCCCGUGAUGCCAUCUCUUUCAUCUGCCCAUGGCCACCACGCUCUCACCAUCAACGGACAGAACAAUCUGAACCGUCCGGGCACCCAGCGCAUUUCCGUGGGGACUGCCAGAGGAACCAUCCCAGCAGGGGUUCCUGCACUCCCAGUUAAAAACUUGACUGGUUCUGGACCAGUGCACCCAGCCUUAGCAGGUAUGACAGGUAUCCUGAUGUGCGCUGCAGGUCUGCCCGUUUGCCUGACUCGAGCACCAAAACCUAUACUGCACCCACCCCCCAUCAACAAGAGCGAUAUGAAACCUGUGCCAGGAAUCAACGGCAUGCGCCGCAAAACCAAGAAAAAGCACCUAAGAAGAGGAAAAAACCCAGAAGAUGUGGUGCGAAGAUACACUGAGAAGAUUAAAGUGGUGCCAGAUGAGGACUGUACCAUCUGCAUGGAGAGGCUGGUCAUGUCAUCCGGCUAUGAAGGCGUCCUGCAGCACAAAGGCAUCAAGCCAGAGCUGGUGGGCAAACUUGGCAAGUGUGGGCACAUGUACCAUCUGCUAUGCCUGGUGGCCAUGUACAACAAUGGCAAUAAGCAGGAUGGCAGUCUUCAGUGCCCAACGUGCAAAACCAUCUAUGGGGAGAAAACAGGCACGCAGCCCCCCGGGAAGAUGGAGUACCACGUCAUACCACACUGCUUGCCAGGCUACCCAGACUCAAAGACCAUCCGCAUUGUCUACGAUAUUCCUGCCGGGAUCCAGACCAAUGAGCACCCCAACCCUGGGAAGAAGUUCAGUGCCAGAGGGUUCCCUCGACACUGCUACCUCCCCGACAACGAGAAAGGCAGGAAGGUCCUGAAGCUGCUGAUCAUGGCCUGGGACCGACGCCUCAUCUUCACCAUUGGCACAUCCAGCACCACGGGCGAAUCGGACACCGUGGUGUGGAACGAGAUUCAUCACAAGACGGAAUUUGGCUCUAACCUGACCGGUCACGGCUACCCCGACCCCAACUACUUGGACAACGUCUUGGCAGAGCUGUCGGCCCAGGGGAUUGGCGAGGACAAUCUAAAGGACUGAUGACCAGCAGAACUGGUACACUGAAACAAAACCCCCCCAUGCCCCGCCAUCUCCCAGAGAGCGGGGACACUGCACGACGGGCAACAUGCGGCCGACAACGCUUUACUCCCCACAAACAAAAAUAUCCUGCAGAAAGGGUGGCUUGGUUCUGAUCAAAGUUUUUGGUUUAUGUAACCCAGGCAAUCUCCCUCCCCCCUGCUGUCUCUAGAUCCAUGCCUUGAGCAAGUUUUGUCCGUUGGCAAAGUCUCUCAAAGUGUAAAGGAGGCAAAGAGAUUCUUGUCUGAAUGUUGGGACCUUGAGGUGAAAGGUAUUUAUCCCUUUUUUCGAGUCAAACUGAUGCUGUUCUUUGGCACUCAAAGAAAAAUGACAUGGGGCUAAUAACUGUACACAGGCAUAUCUGUAAAACGCUGAACUCCAGAAUGCAUGGCCCCGACUAACGCUGCAUAAUGAAUGUCGAGCAAACACACGCGACAGGGUGAGCUGUCAGCGGAUCAGCUGUUGCUUGGUGUUAUGAAGAUUUAAGAAAAUUGCAAAGAAAUCCAAAUUAACUAUUUCCCUCCCCCACAGUUUACUUUUAUUCAUUACAAAAGUUGGUUGUGCAUUUUUGAAAAAGCAGGUCAUUUACGGUUAAUCUGAUAUUUUCCACUUCUGAUAGGUCAGUGUAUUUUAUUUUCUACGUAUGGAAGUAUGUUCUGUAGUGCAUGACGUAGAUUCCAGAGAGCUUAAGAUUUAGAAGAUUAUUGGUGUUUGGUAACAAUUGUGUGUUGUAUGGUUAACCUUGUGGACAGUCUGUGAGAGGAGACAUAAAAUAAGACGAAACAAGCUCCGCUCCAAGGUUUAACUCAUUUGUUUAGUUGACACGCUGAUGACGAUGACCUCUGUGAAUAAAAAGGCUGCAUUAUUAUUAUUCCUGUUGGAGCGAACCCAGGCGCUGGCACAAUCCAUCAUGCUGACCGUACACAAGGGAUGAGCGUGCUAUCGCGUGCUAGGAGGCAUUAAUAAGCUGGCUUAAAGUCCUUGAGGAGAGAAGCUGAACACACAGAUGGACGUUCCUCUGUCUUUCAAACACCAACAGCUUUCCCUUAGAGAUCCAUUUUCGGGGGAGCUCCUCUGCUCGCCUGCAGUCUCUUGUGAGCUUGUUUGCCGUUUGUUGGCGUUGUACUUGGCUCAAGUGCCCGCACAGUGAGCAGCUGAGCCUCGGAAACGAGCAGCAUCUCGUUGCCUUCGUGAGCUCACUUUGGAGUCGUUGGGGCGCUUCCCGAUGUAUCUGUUCACCCCCGCUUUCCGCCUCCUCCUCAGCUGUGGAGCACUCGUUCUACAAACCAUGCAAAUGUUGGUCGAGUGUGUUGUUGGCUGGGGACUAUUUUUUCCUACGCCCCCCCCCACCCCCCUUUAGACUUCGUGCCCACGAGCUAAAGACUUUUCAAAGGUCCUCGGUGGAGAUCUUGUGAUGUUUAUUUACUCUGCGAUAAAUUAUAACCCAGAGCUGCAUAAUUCUCCAUAAAUAUGUCUGAUCAAUUUUAAUGAGCAGGAGCGUUGGUGUCAGGUUUAUUAAGGGGUCACCCAGCAGCGGGCUUGAUUUUGGGGUUAAUCAUAGUCUUCCAUAGCACUUUGAGGCAACGUUUUUGUUGAUUAAGUCAUUUGGUUUUUCGAAAAAUGUCUUAAAUUGCAACUUAAUCUUUUUUUAAGUUGAUGUUUAUAAACUGGCUUGCGAUGCUUUAACUAUAUAUAUAUGAAUAUAUAAAAUAUAUUUGCAGAUGUGAUAUACCUUUAAAUUUAAACUCAAUUUGAGUCAAUGGUGUAAGUUUAAUUUAUUUUUAUACUCUUCUAUAUAGAAAAUAUACAGAUUGUCCCACAUAUCUGUACACAGGCACAUGAACAUGAAUACAUAAAAUCUGGCAAAAAAAUUUGUCAGGAUGUCAGGGACUGAACAUGUAUGACUUGUUAUGGACGUCUUAUAUUGCAAGUAGUGUUAGCGUAUUCUGCUGUCAUGACCUUAAUGUAGACCUUGUGUAGUUGAUCCCCGUGGGACACAAAUAAAUACAGUAAAUGUGUCUUUAUUAUUGGUGGGGCAGCGUUAGUGGCAUGAAGAUGGCCCGUGUUGGCCUUUUUUUUUACACUUGUCCAGAACGUGGGAACGGAUGUUGUCAGCCAUUUUUUGUUAAAGCUGAAGGUGAAAACAGCCUGGGUUCAAGAUCAAAUCACAAAAUAUUCUUAGGAGUUUGUUUAAGCGGGUGAGGUUUCUCUUAGUUAGUUAGGUGUGAGUCAGAAACACAAGAAUACAGAGAGUUCUGUGUCCUUCGUCACUUUAAAUUCUUCCCCUCCCUCCUGCAGUGCCAUGUCAGUGCUAGUUCAGAACUAGUUUGGCAUUAUAUACUGUUGCGCGGCAGAAAAAGAGGAAAUCACAGCCGACAGGAUCUGCGGGCUACAUCUGCAAAUCAUCCGUGAAUUUCUUGCCGUGGAGCCUCCCGUUGCCACUGACAGCUAUUUUGUUGUGCCGAGGCAGUGCCUGCUUUUUGGCUCCAGUACCAGUCCCAUUUUAUUACGAGGGAAACAUGAAAAAGCUUUCUGCAUCAAGCGCUAGCACCACAUCAGUGGAAAAGUGCUACUUCUAACCCUCGCAUCAAAGCACAGCAAUGUGGAAAAAUACAUUUAAAUGUCAGUGAUGCCUCAGUCGCAGCCACUGUGUUGGUAAAGAGAAAUUGCACAUGCUUAUGUAUACCCAGUGUGUUUGUCAGGACUCCAUUUACAUCUACAAUUAAAAUAAUCACAGCUGUUUGGUUUGUAACUGCAGUCUAAGCCAGAUACAUGGAUUAAUUCUAAAAAUGCUUUUCAUACAAAUGACUUGAUCUCAUAUAGAUAUUAGGAAAGAUAUUUAAUAUUUAAAUUAAAUAUAAUUUAAUAUGCACUGCUCAAAAAAAUUAAAGUAAAACUGAAAACACAUCAGAUAUCAACGGCAAAAAAGUUAAGCUGGAUGUCUACACGGAUAUGGACUGCAUAAUGUGUUAGGAAUGAAAGGAUGCCACAUCAUUUGAGGGAAAUUAAAAAUAGUACUCAGGACCCAGUGCACCAGCGUAGGGUCUGACAGGGGGUCCAAGGGAUUUCAUGCUGAUACCUGAUGGCAGUCAGGGUGUCGUUGCCUGGCCUGUAGAAGUCAGUGCGUCCCUCCGUGCCUCCUCAGAUCAUCACUGACACAACACCAAACUGAUGAUGCUGAACAGUGUUACAGGCACUAUGGACCUGCCAGUUCUGGCAUUCUAUGGCAAAUGCCAUUUGGGCUCCAAAGUGCUGGGCAGUGAGCAUAGGCUCUUGUAGAGGAUGGUCUACCAUCAGGCCAACCUGAUUUCUGAUUGUUUGGUGAGAGGCAUGCACACCAGUGCUCUGCUGGAGGUCAUUUUGCAGCUCUGGGAGUGCUCAACUGUUCUUCCUUGCACAAAGGAGCAGAUACGGGUCCUGCUCAUGGGUUAAGGACCUUCCACGGCCAUGUCCGACUCUCCUAGAGUAACUUCUGGACUCUUGAGCCAGUGAUGGGAGACACAGCAAACCUUCUGGCAGUAGCACAUAUUGAUGCACAAUCCCAGAGGAGCUGGACUACCUGUGCAACCUCCGCAGGUUAAUGUAACCUAGUCAAAUGGAAAAGUAGUGAAAUAAACUGUCAGAAAAGAUGAUGUGGGAAAAAUGUCCAUCUAUAAAACUAUUGCUGUUUUGUCUCAUUAUUGCCCCUCUAGUGCAGCUGUUAUUAAUUUCAUUGACACCAAAAAGGUGAAACGUGGUUAACAAUAACGACCGCUGCUGCAUAACUGAUCAGAUCAAUAUCCCAGAAGUUUAUCUGACUUGAUUCUGUACUCUGAAAAGUGUUCCUUUAACUUUUUUUGAGCAGUAUAUUUAAGACAGAUUACUGACUGGCUUCAUAAUUCAGUCUCAAUUAAACUUCUACUCAAAUUUUUUUCUUGAAAAAUCUUAAUAAACAUUGCCCCACAUUACCAAAAAUUGCAUAUACAUCCAUGAACUAUCCAAAGUUUCAUCUACAUAUAACAUACACCACCAGCCCAUUUCAACUGGCAACAUCCCUGCUGCAGUGUGGCAACGCCAAAGACACAAACUGGUGUGAGCUGUUUAUCCCAAACUUAUAAAUAUAUUUUAAUAUCUUUUGUUAUUCUGUUAAAUUCCACUUUCACUAGACGAGUAGUGGAGCCUGUGUUGUCUGUGAGCUAGCUUCUCCAUUUUUCAAAAAGGACACAUUUUUGGCUCUUGCUUCUCAGGCAUGAAUUUUCUUGAAUGCAGCUGUUGUUAACCUUUUUCAAAGAGAGCUCUUCUUCACCCAGGAGUAACAAACAAAAGAUUUAAAACCUAUCCAAGAAGCCAAAAUCACAGGCAUAGGUCACAACAAUCACUGUAAUCACUUUUUUAAAAAAGGUUAAGGCAACUAAAUACCACUGGGUUGUGUGCAUACAGCAGGAUUCCAACAGAAACUGCUGGAUUACUUUAAAACAAGGUUUCAUUAUGCAUGUGAAUCAGCCUGCUGAAAACUGCUCCCGUGUAAACAAGCUGUCAUUGUGUAGCUUUUAGCUACAGUAAGCUCUUAAAACCCAAAGAAUGGCAGAUGCUACAACUCGCUUGUGAUCACUCUGGAGCGUUUAGCAGCUAAAGCGCUCGGACUCUUCAUUCAUCAGGAGGACAGGAUCAUGACUCUAAAUGAAUCGUGAGUGAAUCACCGUCCUUAAGACCAAAUAAGUCAGCUGUUGCAGAUUUAAGUAUUAAUAUCUGUUUAAAUGCUUUAAACCUGUAUACUUGUUUUCAGGCUCUUUUAGCCACAGCUCUGUGUUUGUGGUAUGGUAUAUGGUAAACAAGCUACUAAGAGUAUUUCUGAGUGAUUUUUGACCCAGGCACUUAAAACAUUCACAUUUUUGGCCUAUGUCAACUUUUCUCCUUCGCACAUUUGUGACACCCUUUAUACAAUGGGACAGCAAAAGAGAAUGCUACCGAUCUAUCAGGGAACUUUUCCAUGUGAAGUGAAAUUUCGUUCACUAGAGAAAUCCAAAUGUUCGCUUCUUCAGCUUUUUCCUUUUCCACGUGUCGGUCUUGUAGUGUGAACGACGCCCGGCCCUUUAGACUUUUCAGGUGUGUACAGAUCUAUGUGGGAAUGACGUAUAAAUCAAGGUUUUGGUAUUUGUCCGGUUAAACAAGAGGGAGGUGGUUUUUAUGCAAUUUACUAUUUUUAAAACCUAAUACAUGAUUUACGUGUAGCAAGAAGAAGGCUGAUUGUUUUUGGUUCAAAAUGACAAUGGAUGUUUUCUUUAUGGGGCGCCUACCUCUGCGUUUCUAAACAGAGAGGUUGCAAUCCAAGGAUGUUCACAUGCUAUGUAUUAAAAAAAAAACAUAUAUUUUUGAUGUCUUUUUUUUCAAUGAUUGUCUCUAAAAAGAACUAUUACGUAACAUUUGCUGUAUUGCUCUUCAUCCCAUGCUAUUCCGUUAGAGGUUAGAGGUGGGAUCGGGGAUGAAGUCACUUUGUCCUAACGUAUGACGUAUAUAUGAAGUUGUACUCUCGUAGUGUCCACUGCAAACUGUACUUCUCUAUCUAAAUGAUACCUUACCAUUUUUCUGUGGCUAUGCUGUACGUUUGUAUCCGUCCGUGUGAAUGUGUGUGGAAGUGGGAGUCUCGUAGACAAAGCUUAGGUUCAUGUCCUUUAAAGAUGCAGUAAUGUUUCCUAGAGGUGCAUGUUAACCAAACAGUGAGCAAGCGUAUUGACAGUGCAGAGUUUUUCUUGUUUUUUGCAUAUGAAAACAUGUUAGCUUCUCUAGAAACCCCACCCUGGUUUUCUGGUGAUUUAGCACUGUGGUUCUGAAACUUAUUCCUAUUAGUUAGGGAUUUUCCCUUUUUAUCUUUUAUUUUUUCCCCCCUCUGUAUUGGCUUUGAUUUACACAAAUGAGGAAACGAUAGCGUUUUGCUGCUUUCCCCACUCUUUCCACGACAUGUAAAACAUCUGAAGGUUUUCAAUUUAAGUGCCCAUUUUAAAUGACCUUUCCAAGUCACUGUUUUUGUUGUUUAAUCUUAGGCGGCGUCUGCUAUUGUUAUUUAAAAUGGUUCACGGGGACAAACUGAGAUAAACUAAAAGCAAGAUAUACAGAGACAUUGAUUUAACUAUAAAGGGCUUCUUAAUCUAUUGGUCUUUAUUGAAUUGUGAUGACCUUGUUGCAUGUUUGUGUCUUUUGUUGUGGAAAAAUAAAUGUGCCCUUGACAGGGGUAGCGUGUUUGA